AUGGCAUCGCAAACGGCAACGAUUUUUUACAAUGGAAAGUUCUUCCGGAGUACCGGUGUAAACGGCCAAGACCACCAUUUCGCGGAGUGCAUCGUUGCGGAUGCGGCAGGAAAUAUCACGCAUGUCGGCCAACUUGGCGAUGCGCAAGUCGCACGAGCUGGCGAAGAUGGCGCAACACGACAAGACAUGCAAGGCCGUAUAGUGCUGCCCGGAUUUUUCGAUGGGCAUAUCCACCUGCUGAGCCUCGGCCAGUCACUCAAGAGCGUGCCGCUCAGCCAUUGCACGAAUUUAGACGAUAUCAGAGCUGCCAUCAAGGAAUAUGCUCAAGCAAACCCGCAGGUGCCCAGGAUUGUGUGCAAGGGCUGGAUGAUCUCCAUGACACCUGGCAAGGUCACGUCAAGCAUGCUUGAUGAUUUGGACCCGAGACCGAUCUUUAUCGACGAGAAGAGCUUACAUGCAACGUGGUGCAACACAGCUGCACUGGAGGAACUCAAGAUAGCGGACUUGCCCGACCCAGUGGGAGGCACGAUUGAGAGGGAUGCAGACGGUAAAGCGACUGGUUUGUUACUGGAGUCCUGUGUCAUGCUUAUCAUCUGGCCUCACAUUGCAAAAGUCGCGUCCAUGGAUGACAAGCUUGGAGCGAUAAGAGGAGCCGUAGAUCUCUUCAACGCAGAAGGUUACACUGGAGCAGUCGACAUGGCCCUCGACGAGAAUUCAUUGAGGGCAAUACAAACGUUGCGACAGAGGGAAGAGGUACCUUUUCGACUAGGCGCAUAUUGGCUCAUCGCACCAAAGAACGACCCAGCAGAGACAUUAGCGCAGGUGGACAGAGCAAUCGAGCUGCACAGAGAAUUGAAUAGCGAGACAAGCCCAGACUUCUUCAUCGCAGGCAUCAAGAUUAUUUGCGACGGCAUCAUAGAUGCGUGUACGGCAGCAUUGACGGAGCCCUACAGUUCUAAUGGCGUCGAUUGUGAGGCACUCUGGACACCGGAAGAGCUCGCCCCCAUCGUCAAAAGGGCAGAUGAAGCUGGACUGCAAUGCGCUCUCCAUGCGAUUGGCGAUUACACAGCUCGUAUGGCCAUAGAUGCACUGGAGCAGAAUGGAAGCCGGGACCGAAGACAUCGCAUUGAACACCUCGAGCUCACAGCGCCGGAAGAUGCCGCACGUCUAGGAAAGCUGGGCAUCACUGCAUCAAUCCAACCCGUGCACUCCGACCCAGCCAUCCUCCGAGCAUGGCCAACACUGCUAGGGGAGGACCGAUGCGGACGCGCAUUCGCCUACAAGGACUUUGCCGAUGGUGGAGCUGUGCUGGCCCUCGGCACGGACGCACCAACUGCUCCACACGGCCCUUUUCAGAACAUUUACACGGCGACAACACGGCGGUCGGCCCGGGAGCCUGAUUUGCAGACGGCAGUGAAUCCUCAAUUCGCCCUUGAGCUGUCCGCUUCAGUCGCUGGCGCUACUUCUGGCUCGGCUUACAGCUGUUUUGCGGAUGAUCGGGCAGGCAAGCUGGAUGUUGGUCUCUCCGCAGAUUUUGCUGUUGUGGAUAUGGAAUGGAACGCCGAGAGCUUGCUGCGGGCAAAGGUCAAGCAAACGUGGUUCAAAGGAAAGAAGGUGUUUGAAGCAGAAUAG